AAACCAAAACCCUCCUCUCUCUCUCUCUCUCUCUCUCUCUCUCUCUCUCUCUCUCUCUCUCUCUCAACUGGGUCUCUCGCCGCACGCACGGCUUCAAUGUCCAAUUCCGACCAGGCCCCCAACAAUAACAACGAGCUCUCCAACGGGGCUACCGCCAUGAUGAUAGAACGCCAGCAGCAGCAGCAACAGGCCCAACAACAGCAAACGCCCCAGCAGCCCGCCUCUAACGGCGUCUUGACCGUCAAGAAGCCGCCGUCCAAGGAUCGACACAGCAAGGUCGACGGCCGCGGCCGCCGCAUCCGCAUGCCCAUCAUCUGCGCCGCCCGCGUCUUCCAGCUCACCCGCGAGCUCGGCCACAAGUCCGACGGCCAGACCAUCGAGUGGCUCCUCCGCCAGGCCGAGCCCUCCAUCAUCGCCGCCACGGGAACUGGGACCACUCCCGCCAGCUUCUCCACCGUCUCCGUCUCCCUCCGCGGCGGCGCUUCCACUACUACUUCUCUCUCCAACUCCUCCACCACUACCACCUCCGACCACAAGCCCCUCCUCGGCGGCGGGCCUACCCCCUUCAUCCUCGGCAAGCGCAUGCGGGCCGACGACGACGACGGCAAGGACGGCGGCACCCACCACGGUGGAAACGACGGCGGCGGGGCGGUGUCGGUCGCCGGUCACCAUUCCAUGAGCUCCAUGCUGGGUCCGGCCGCCGCGGCGCAGGGAGGGUUCUGGGCGCCGCACUUCGGGCAAGUCUGGAGUUUCGCCGCCACGGCGCCGCCAGAGAUGAUGAGUCAGCAGCAGUCGGUGGGUCAGCAGCAUUCGUUGUUCUUGCAGCAGCAGCCGAUGGGGGAAGCGUCGGCGGCCAGAGUGGGAAAUUACCUUCCAGGACACCUCAAUUUGUUGGCUUCUUUGUCGGGCGGGCACGGCAAUUCGGGUCGGAGAGAAGACGACCCCCGUUGAAACCCGACCCGAUUAGGUUGGGGGUUCAUGAGCUGCUGCUACUACUACUGGUGGUGCUUUCGCUGCACAUUUGGAAUCAAUCAUCAUCCCAAGCUCUCCUUGCUCAGUGAGGACUGAGGACUGAGGAGCCUUGCUAGUAUUGGUGAUUGGUCUGUUUGUAAUCAAGAACUUUUGCAUUACGUUUUCGAAAGUUCAUUCCAUCGAUCGCUAUAUCCGGACCCGAACAAGGUUCAACUUAUCUGUCCCAUCCGAACAAGAGUUGAAAUCAUGGAGAGCUUGCAUACUCAGUGAUGUCCAAUAUAAUGCUACUCCCCACCGAUUUCAUUUUGGAAGUUCAACUUGCAGGUAGCUGUUAGGAAUAGAAAUGUGGUAUAGCUUGAUUUUCGGAAUCUGAAACACUAAGUCUGUGGUAGAGCGGGGCAGAACCGCAGAACUAGUUAUCUUGUGCUUUGUUUAUCUUAAAGUUUCAGCUGUUAGUUUAACUGCUCCAGCUUAUGAAUGGAGAAUGCUGUGAUCUGUGUUUUUAGUUUUCAGCUGUUAGGUGUAACUUCUUAAUUUAGCCAAGGGAACGAAGAAUGCUGUGUUCUUUGUUAUAAGUUUUCAGCUAAAUGGAGAAUUUGCUGAAUUAUUUUGUUGA